CCUUUUUUAUUUCACUUUUGGAUAUGUUUAGCCAACCGCCUCCUCAGAGCACAGAGAGACGCAAUGAGUUUUUCUCGAUUGAAUGAUGAAUGCCUUGCGUAACCAGCUCCUCCAUGGUUUGAUUUUCCAUUGAUUUAUUAUCCUUAAUUGUACUGAAUUCCCUAUUGAACUUGGAUCAUACUGGAAAUUAGCAGCGGUCAGAUCGAAUCUCCAGGAUUUGAAUCGCAACCAGCAAUGUUCAUCGUCACACUGGUUUUUGGGUUUCUAUCCGGACGAUUAUCCUUGAAUCUAAGAGUGGUUUGGGGCUCUCCGUCUCCCGAUGCAACUCCUCGACUACUUGGCGACGACAAAGGGCCGUAUUUUGGCCAGAAACCACCAACGACGUCGGGACAGUUUACUGUUCACCGUCGAACAGAGUUCUUAAUCCUCCGACACGCUAAUCUGUUUUUGAAGGUGAUUUGGGACUCGCUAGGUCCAGAAAAAUCGCAGGGCAUUCUUAAUCUCCCAAGCCGUGGUCCUGUUUUUUUUUAUCUAAGAACUGCAGCAAUGGCGAAGAGGAAUCAAGGUUACGGCUUCCAGGUUUGAGGCUUUAGACAAUCUCGAUGUUGAAUUCCGUCCCAGUACUAUCCGCUGGUAAGUUGAAACGGACGGGUAAAUCUUCUACUGAGCCGGACAAAUCUGAUGCUUCUACUGAACCGACUGGCCUUGCAAGAGCUGGGGGAAAUGCUUUAUGUACACAGCAUGACAGCAGUGUACACAACACUCUACACAGCACAAAAAGCCCCCACCUCCUUAUUUUUCACCCUAUUAACCCCUCCCCUCCCUCCUUCCUUUCUUUUCCUUUUUUGCUCUCCUUCCCUGCGCCCAACUUCCUUCUCCCUCUUCCUCUUUUUCUUUUCUCUCCCUCCUUGCGCCCAACAUCUCCAGCCUUUUUCUUCUCCCUCGUUAUCGAUCUUCAUUGCUUUCCUCUUUAUUUUUCCCUCCUUUCUUUUUAUUUCCUCUCUUUAUCUCCCUUUCUCCAUCUUUUUUCUUCUCUUUUCUUGUUUUCUUCAUUUCAAAAGCUCUCACUUUUUUUGCAGAUCUAAAUCCACUCAGAAAAAUAGGAGGAGACACAACUUGAGUCUACUUUGCUCUCUCAAAUAUUAUUCAUGAGGAGCUUUAACCAUGUGCCUGCUUCAGGGACAUCUUCUACCUCUUCGUGACCAAUACUAGUAUCUUGAAGGCAUGUGAUUGAAAACUAUGUCUCUUUUUCAAUCGGGAACAAGACAGGUGAUAUUUCAAAUCGUGGCAUGAAAUGGAUUCAGAAGGUCAAGAAUGAGAGAUUUAAAGCAAAUGAUAAUUACACACUUUAUUUUUGUAAUUAGUUAUGUUGCACAAUUAAUUAUCUUGUAUUAAAAUUAUAGUGUAUUUAAACUUUCUUUUUUUAUCACAACCAAAUAUAGUUUGUUUCUAAGUGUAUUUGUAAAGAUAAGCUUUAACCAAUUGUUUGUAUCCAAAUAAUUUUUAAACAAGCUUGUUUUGUCUGUAUGUAGACAAUUUCAAUCAAGUUUUUA